UCACUCCGCUCAGCAGUGGAGCGACUCUGGCAGCCGUGGCGGCCGCCCUUCAGCCUCCCUCGUCCCGCCUUCCCGCCUCCCGCGCCGCGCCGCCGAUGAGCCCAGCCGCCGUCGCUCGCCGCUCCCUCACACCUCCGCCCAGAGCCGCUCCGUCCCGGUGCCCGCCGCCGCCGCCGCCGCCGCCGCCCCGCUUCUGAGCGCCGAACUCCUCCAACCACCGAGCGCCGCUUCCCCCCUCCACCCGCCGGUUCUGAAUGACGGGCGGCCGGUUCGACUUCGACGAUGGGGGCACGUACUGCGGGGGCUGGGAGGAGGGCAAAGCCCACGGCCACGGCGUGUGCACCGGGCCCAAGGGCCAGGGCGAGUACUCCGGCUCCUGGGCCAACGGCUUCGAGGUGGUGGGGGUCUACACCUGGCCCAGCGGGAACCUGUAUCAGGGCUACUGGGCGCAGGGCAAGCGGCACGGGCUGGGCGUGGAGAACAAGGGCCGCUGGAUCUACCGGGGGGAGUGGAGCCACGGCUACAAGGGCCGGUACGGGGUCCGCCAGAGCCUGAACACCCCGGCCCGGUACGAGGGCACCUGGAGCAACGGGCUGCAGGACGGCUACGGCGUGGAGACGUACGGGGACGGAGGUACCUAUCAGGGCCAGUGGACCGGAGGGAUGCGCCAUGGCUACGGCGUUCGUCAAAGCGUCCCGUACGGCAUGGCGUCCGUCAUCCGCUCGCCGCUCCGCACCUCGCUGGCCUCCCUCCGCAGCGAGCAGAGCAACGGCACGGUGCUGCGCGACAGCCUGUCCGACAGUCCCGCCGGCACUCGCGGCGGCUUCGUGCUCAACUUCCACGCCGACGGAGAGGGCUCAGAGAAGAAGAAGGGUCUCUUCCGCCGCGGCUCCAUCUUCGGUAGCCUUCAGCGACUUCGCAAGUCAGACUCGCGCUCGUCCAUUUCUAGCAAGCGCAGCUCGGCGCGCAGCGACACCACCAUGAGCCGCAUCAGCUCAAGCGACGCCAACUCUACCAUCAGCUUUGGAGACGGAGACGCGGGGGAUGACUACCUACCUCUGGAGGACAACGUGGACGCUACCACCACAGAGUCCUACAUGGGUGAGUGGAAGAACGACAAGCGUAGCGGCUUCGGUGUCUCAGAGCGGUCAAAUGGCAUGAAGUACGAAGGGGAGUGGUUAAACAAUAAGCGCCAUGGCUACGGCUGCACCAUCUUCCCGGACGGCACCAAGGAAGAAGGAAAGUACAAGAACAAUGUGUUGGCUCGGGGUAUCAGGAAGCAUCUGAUCCCGCUGAAGAACACCAAGACCAAACAGAAAGUGGAUCGUGCCGUCGAGGGAGCAGUGAGAGCAGCAGCCAUUGCCAGAACCAAAGUUGAGAUUGCCAUCUCCAGAACUUCCCAUGCCCGGGCCAAAGCAGAAGCCGCAGACCAGGCAGCGCAGUCGGCCAAUCAGGACUCAGAUAUUGCCCGGGCGGUGGCCAGAGAGCUGUCCCCCAGCUUCCACCAGCCAGGCCCUGAUUACAUACGGCAGAAGUACAACGAGCCCAUGGAAGUGAAGGAAGCUCCGGUCGAGGUGAAGAAGGACAAGUCGCCAUCAGGAAGUCCCCAUUUCUACAGGAAAGGCACAACGCCGUCCCAGUCCCCGUCCCAGAGCCCGGGUCCCAGCCCUUCUCCCUCACCGGCAGCCGUCAAGAAGUCCUUCUUCAGCAGCAAAACUGCCAGCGUCGCUCCCGCAAAGCCUGCUGGGAAAGAAAACAAACCGCCUUCAGCCGAGUCCUUGACAGCAGGAUUAACUAAGGCAGCCUCCAAGCUUUCUCUCAGACAGGAGGUGAAGCAGCCGGAGCCCCCUCCAGCAGCGGCCGCCACCCUCACCAAGUCCCCCAGCAACGGGCAGAUCCACUCCCAGUAUCACGGCUACUACGUCAAGGCAGACAAGAUGCUCCCGCCGCCCGAAGACCCCAUCGGCGUGGAGGACGACUUCCACCCGUCCAGCCUGGCACGCCUCCCGCCGCCCGCCAAACCCAUUCUGGCACCAGCAGCCAAGUCGCCGCCCGCCCCCAGCUACUCGCCGGCUCCUCAGGCGGAGAGCGCCAAGGCCCCGGAGCCGCCCAAGCCAAAAAGACACGAGUCUACCAAACCAAAGAGCCUUGCAGAAACCAAGAAAGCGAGUUUGGAAAUCGCCUCUGAAGUCAUGGAGGAGGAGACGGGUCCUAAUUCCAUCCUGGUGGCUCUUGUGAUGCUGUUGAAUGUAGGUCUAGCCAUCAUUUUCGUCCAUUUCCUCACCUGACCAAAUCUUUACUCAGUGGACUCAUCCAGACUCGCCGCCUGAGCUGCUCACUCUUCACCAGCCGAAGGGGCCUUUAAACCAAAACGAAAACAAACAAAACAAAAAAAAAACACCAAAAAAAAUGGCACCAGACAGA